GGCAAAAAAGGAAAAGCAGAAAAAAAGCAGAAUUUCGAGCGGCGUCAGUGCGCAGGGCUUUCUUCUCUGAUGGACAUCUUGGCUCUCAGAUCCGAAGAGAACAGUUACAAUAUCCUCCCCUCUGCGGCAACGAUGCUUUUCCAUGGCCUCCCUGGAGGCGAGGUGCACGGCGUGGUGGAAGAAAUGGACCGGAGAGGAAAGAACGAGUCAGCGGCCAUCAGCUCAGCCAUCGAUAUGGGGGAAUCAGAGACGUCUAUGCCGUGUAUGACCAGCGAGCGCGUGGCCUUGUGCGCGGGCUGCGGCAGGAAGAUCGCGGACCGCUACUACCUGCUGGCCGUGGACAAGCAGUGGCACAUGCGCUGCCUCAAGUGCUGCGAGUGCAAACUGAACCUGGAGUCUGAGCUCACCUGCUUCAGCAAGGACGGCAGCAUCUACUGCAAGGAGGACUACUACAGAAGAUUUUCGGUGCAGAGAUGCGCUCGGUGCCACCUGGGGAUCUCAGCCUCGGAGAUGGUGAUGCGAGCCCGGGACCUGGUCUACCACCUCAACUGCUUCACCUGCACCACGUGCAGCAAGAUGCUGACCACUGGGGACCACUUUGGCAUGAAGGACAGUCUGGUGUACUGUCGGCUGCACUUUGAGACUCUCAUCCAGGGAGAAUAUCAGACACACUUUAACCACGCGGACGUGGUCCCGCACAAAGGCCUGGGCCCGGCCAACACGCUUGGACUAUCCUACUUCAACGGCGUGGGGACAGUGCAGAAAGGCCGGCCCAGGAAGAGGAAGAGCCCCGGGCCGGGGACCGAGCUGGCGGCUUAUAACGCAGCGCUGAGCUGCAAUGAGAAUGACGGCGAGUCCAUGGACCGGGACUCUCAGUACAGCUCCAGUCAGAAGACCAAGCGCAUGCGGACAUCCUUCAAGCACCACCAGCUGAGGACGAUGAAGUCCUACUUCGCCAUCAACCACAACCCAGACGCCAAGGACCUCAAGCAGCUCGCCCAGAAGACCGGCCUCACCAAGCGGGUUUUACAGGUCUGGUUCCAAAACGCUCGGGCCAAGUUCAGGAGGAACCUGCUGCGGCAGGAAAGCACCGGCGUGGACAAGGCAUCCGAUGGCUCCGCGCUGCAGGGUGGGACGCCGUCGGGCCCGGCGUCAGAGAUCUCCAACGCCUCCAUGAGCCCCUCCAGCACCCCCACCACCCUGACAGACUUGACCAAUCCCACCAUGCCCACCGUCACCUCCGUGCUCACCUCAGUGCCGGGCGGCAUGGACGGCCACGAGUGCCGGAGCCCGUCACAGACCACGCUGACUAGCCUCUUCUGA